AAAAUCUUCGGUCGAGUCCGCGCCUCGCCUUCGAACGCGCGCGAGAGCGGGAUGAAGGUGAUGCGAGACUUACCGAGAGCGUUCGGCAUGAGCCCCCCGAGGGUUCGGCUGCAGACGCCCGGCACUCCGGAUCAUUCGAGCGAGCAGUGGCGCGACGAGGCGACCGCCCUCCCGCCGCGGCCAUUCGACGGUGUGCCUCCCGCCGACCACCCCGCUUCGCUCGGUUUCGAUCUGCUCUUCGACACCAUCGACGACCAGACUCCGAACGAGAGCGGGCCGAUGCCGAUGCUACUGGAGGAGGACUCGGGGACAUCCUCCUCCGACGACGGCCACGAUGUGCACGCCCAAUACGUCAGGCACCUGCGCAACCUGACCAAACACGCGACGGACGCCGAGGCCGACACCUAUAAGCGCCUCGCCGCCGCGUGCGCCGCCGUCGGACCCGGCGAGGUUGGCGAUUUCGCCCACGCCGACGCCCUCCGCGCCGCCUUCAACGCCGUCGACGUAACCGAUGCCGCAACCAACGCGCCACCAACCAAGCCCGCGAAGAAGUCCUCGAAGAAGUCCUCCGAGAAGUCCGAGAAGAGCGGCGGGUUCACGGGCGGCGACGGCGCGUCGUCGUCGUCCGACGCGUUCGUGGCGACCACCCCCGGCGCGGCGGGCCACGCCGCGCUGCUCAACCUGAGGCACUCGUUCCUAUGGGUCAAGACGGACCAAAAUGAGGCUGGAACGAAGGAUGACGAUGGGGCUGGAACGAAGGAUGAUGCGCCCGUCGACGACGACGACAACCGCCCCCGCGCGUCCGCCACGGCGACGCCCAUGAAGCGCGACGUCGCGACGGAGACCGGCGUGAUGGUCAUGGAGCCCUACCUCCGCGCGCACUUUGUCAUCUCGCGACCCACCGAGCGGUACCAGCGGCUGUUGGACACCCUGCCGCCGCACUUCGUCGGCGCGCACGAGCGACUGGCGCGGCUGGUGGACUUCAUGUCCGAGCAGAUGCUCGCGAGCUUCAAGGAGCGCGGGAUGCCGGUGCCGCCGUGGAGGCAGAACAAGAGCAUCCUGUCCAAGUGGUUCCUGCCCACGGCCAAGUCGAUUUCGCAGCCCAACACGCCCGCGGGGUCGCCGCCGAUGUCAAAGGGGCGAUCCACCGGCCGGCGGGCCAGCGUCAACUUCGACGUCGUCGGGGGACGCGGGGUUUUCUUCGGGGUUGGGUACGGGACGCAGGAGCUCCCGUAUGAAUCAUCGCGGGGGGUCGAAGGUAAGGUGGCGAUGGGAUCGCUGUCCUCUUCCGUGCGCCUGCUGCGAGACGCAAUGAUGGCGUGAUUUUCGCGCGAGGGUUGGGAGAUAAAAAAAAACAAACGGGUGGGGGGGGGGUUUCACCAAUCCGGCGAGAGCUAUUACGCUCGCCGUCCGGCGCCGGUCGCGCGCCGAUGUAUUCUUUCUCAGGACGAGCUCGUCACUCGUCGCUGUACGCCUAUUACGCUGUGCAUGCUUGCUACUGAUGACAUUAGACUGCCUAGAAAAAUGCCCCGCCGGGGCGAAAAAAUACUACAACUAACACUUAG